UAUUAUUUACCAAAACAAAAAAAUUUCAUUUCAAUUUUCAAAUAUAGCAUGUUGUAUUAUAUAUGUAUUGAACACUUUCAUCUUAUUGAUAGAAUACAAAUAGCUGCCGAAAAAAUUGGUAAACAAAAUUCGCUACUAAUGAAAUAUGGUAUUGUUGAAUCAAUAUAGUACAGAAACAAGAAGGAAAUUGGUGAAGAAGUUCCAAAACCGUUUCCUUUCAAAACUUUCAAUAGUACUUGAUACAUCAAAUCAAAUUCAUACCUUUAAAACAAUUAUCGCCGCUCUACGCAUUAAUUUAUAAUUCAAAAGGUAGUACAUGACUCCACACUUGAUUACAACUACGCGUUUUUUCUUAUCCGUCUUAUAACUUUAGCUCGGUAGUAGAUUUUACAAAAAAUAGAAAUAGCAGAAACCUAAGAAUUAAUCUUUCACCUUCGAUAAGAAAUUGUAUUAGAAUAGUAUAGAAAUACAAAGCGAAAUCAGUAGAUAGAAAUAUUUAUCUGCUAACCUACUCAACAUUAUUUUUGUCACUAUUUUAAAAUAAUGGGAGAAUCAUCGCUGUUUUACGCAUUAACUUAAAAUUUAUAAGUUGAUAGAUGAUUCUCUUAAAAUUCAAUUAAACCUGAUAGUAUAGGAGCUGGCAACGUUUUUGAGAGAGAAUUUCAGGUCAGCUGGUUUUCUGAUAUGUUGUCCUUCUUACUCUUUCAGUUAGAGUCUGGGCGGUCUGUCUGCCGAAAGCGGUUGUGUUGAUUACUGCGCAUCCUACCUGUACAGGCCUGGAACACUGUUGUCUGUUUACCUUGCAAUGAUAAAUUUAAUUCGUUCAGUUUUUGAAUGAUAUUCACCCUGAAAGGCAGUCAGAACAACCAAGUUUUAUCAUACAAACGGUCUUUCAAAUUUAAAAGAAGUGUCUGAAAGAAACAUUUGUAACUCGGCUUUAAGUUCAAAUAGCCUUGUUAAAGUUUUACCCCGAGACAGCCAUCGCAUGUAUGGAGCAGCAGUGUUUUAUGUUUGCUACCAUAAUCUUCACACAAUAAUGAGAACAAUCGGGAUUGUAGUGGUCGUGAUUUGAUAAAAUUAAUAAUUUUUACCGCUUCAUCCAUUACCAAUUUUAGGUUUGACGGCAUUUGCUUCAUUGCUAGUAUUUGUCUAUGCAGGAGACAAUGACUGGAACCACAAUUAGGUGCUUUUUUUUGUAUUCGUGACACGACUCCUGCUGUUUUACCCGUCAUCGCCUUGGCCUCAUCUGUACAAAUGUCAAUGCAAUCGUUCCAACUGAGAUUAUUUUCUUCAAAAAAUAUAUUUAUUUUAUUAAAAAUUUCUUCUCCGGUAGUGUUUGUGGGCCACGGUGAACACAUAAGCAUGUCUUCUUCAAAAGAACUUUCAUAUGGAUAUCUCACGAUAACCAGCAAGAUAGCCAGAUCAGCGACAUCAGUAGACGAAUCGUGUUUUUUGUAGACGUGUAACUAGCUCUUGUUUGACGUAGCUUGCCAGAUCAUGAAUUCGACGUGAAACAGUAUCGUUUGAUAGUGGCACAGUAGAAAGAUGCUUUGCAGAUUUUUCAUCGAGCAUACAUUUUGUUAUGUCUAACACACAUGGUUUUAUUAAAAUCUCAGCGAUAGUGUGCGCUUCACAUUCUUGUGCAAUGCGUUAGCUAACUAAAUAUGAUGCCUUUGUGACCUUUUCAUUGAUAGUUUGGGUUACUUGCAUCAUAGUUUUUUGACUUUCUUUUUUACGUACAAAAAAUUCUCUAUUCUUGUCUUUAGACUCGUACAGUUUCUAAAUGUCGGCGCAACUUGGCAGGUGCCAUGGAACUAUUAGGCAGCAGUUUACUACAUAACAUGCAGAGAGGUGAGCCGUUGGAAUCAACAAAUCCGAAACUGAUAUAUGAUUCAUCAUACUUCCUUUUUUUCGCCUUUGAAACCGUGGAACUUGACGUCGUUGCAUCAUUAUCAUCGAUAAUUGCUGUACACUCCGCGCGUACUGCUUUUGAACAUUCGGCUUCGUUAGAAGAUGUUGCAACACGUUUAACGCCUUUAAGCCAACGUUCCAUUCUUCUUUAUUAAUAAUUACUUGUCAGGGUGGUGGGGUCAAAUUAACGCACGAUCGUUACUGUGUAGAAGAGUUUAGUCCAAAGAAGAUAUGUACAAAACUGAUACAAUCAGAAUACAGCAGUAGAACAAAAAAAACUUCGUUUCUAGCAAAUAGGUACUUAACGCUAAUCGUCGACUGACUCGAGUGUCGAAGCGCGGCCGUCGCUUUUAUAGUCCUAGCCUCGAUCUCGAACAUUCUUAAAAAUACUCGAGUCGACGCCUUUGAUAAAUAAAAAGCCGAAAUAAAAAUAGAAAUACAAAAAAUGCGGUGUAAACAAUCUCGACUUGUUUUGAAGUUAUAUAGCCGAAAGUCGCUUGUUUACAACUAUAGCGUCUAAUCUCAGCGGCGGCUUUUAUCAAAAUGACUGCGCGCUCACAAGUAGAUAUCGGCGGUCGGCUUUCAUCAAGACAAAGCGGCUUGCGGAUCUCAUCGGUGAGACAUAAAGCAUAAAUAAAUCACCUUAAACUUAAGUAUUAAGUCUAUACGCAGUAUUAGUGGUGACGUCACAAUUUGUAACUGUAUCUAAACAAACAUAUCGUCCAUUUAGAUACAAUAGCUGUGAUUUUAGAUCAGUUAUUAUUUCCUUAUAUUCGAAAAAAAAAUAAAUUAUUUUAACUUGUAUACAUUCACUAGGACGUUUACUAAAGUAUAUUAUCGACUCCAAUCAAAACAGGUACGUUUUACCAUAUAAUUUGAAUAAAAAGAUAAAACUAACCUAACCUCACUAUUGUAAUCUUGUUAAAUAUAAUUGUUUUAGAUAAAAUGCACAGUUUGAACUUUUAUUUUGCGAAAUCAAGUCGUUGUGAAUGAAAUCAACCUUCCUAAAUAAUUUCACGGUAUACUUAAGAAAAUUAUAAAAUUUCUGAAAAAUGUGAUUUGUUAUGCCUACUAAAAUAUCUGAUGAGUUUUCAUGAAUUUCUAUUUACAAGUGGAAUUAUUCAGAAACAGUUAGUUUCGUUUACAAAAAUAACAAUUGUUCUAAUUCUUUUCUCAUGUUUUAUAUCUAAUUUUAGCGUUUUUCAUCUAAAUAAUAAUGGUGCAGUGUUGGGCACCUGGCUGUAAGCAUUACAAUGUCAGAGAGCGUUGUAAGCUUUAUAGAUUUCCAAAGGAUCCAAAAGUAAGAAGCAAAUGGAUAAAGCUAACAAGAUGGAAAAAAAGGAAAUGGGCCAACCAUUUUUUUACACAAUGAAGGAAAAAUGUUUUACGACCAAUAUCCCCAGAAAAACAAAAGACCACUUCAAGAUGGGUUGGAGUAAGUAGAUACCUUUAGUGAUUUCAUCAUUUCUAUUUAUUGUUUUAUCCAUUUGCAAAUUGAACCACAAGCAUCUACGUCAAAAGAAACAGACGACUUCUCUCAAAGCAACCAUGUUAUGACAGAAGCAGAAAACUAUUUCUUACGACAAAGUCUAGAAAAAGCUACAGGUAGUCUCUCUCACUUAUCAGAAACAUUCUCCUUUGAUCAUAUUAGGAGUGAUAAUAACUUGGUCAUUUUAUAUACUGGUUUGCCUACAACAGAUGUAUUCAUGGCUCUGUAUCAUUUGUUGGAAAAAAAUGAAAUAAGAUAUUAUUUUAAAUGGAAGGUAGAAAAAAUGAGAAAAAUUGAUCAGCCGCUCAUGACUUUGAUGAACUUGAAACAAAAUUUUCCACAUCAAGAUUUAGCAGUAAGGUUUAAUGUUUCACAAGGCACAGUCUCAAAUGUUGUAACAACAUGGGUGCAUGCCUUGCAUGAAAUUUUAUUCAAACAAUUCAUGUCUGAAAUACCAGAUAGAAGUAAAAAUCAGUUGUGCUUACCAAACUGUUUUAGUAGUUUCACAAAUUGUAGAAUUAUAAUAGAUUGUACGGAAGUUUAUACUUGUAUAAAUCGCCAAAGUAUGUCUUCCCAGAAGUUGACGUACAGCUCAUAUAAGCAUAGAAAUACAUGCAAAGGAUUAGUAGGUGUUGCACCAAAUGGUGUAGCUACAUUUUUAUCAUGUUUAUAUCCAGGUUCAACAUCAGACAAAAAAAUUGUCAAAGAUUGUGGAAUCUUAAAUCAACUUAAACCUGGAGACUUGGUAUUGGCAGAUAAAGGAUUCCUAAUUAAAGAUUUAAUGCCUCCCGGAGUUCAUAUUAACAUUCCCCCAUUUCUUACAACUCCUCAAUUCACUACAGAACAAGUUCAUCAAACUGAAUGCAUUGCUCGAGCAAGGAUUCAUGUGGAGCGUGCUAUAAGGAGAAUGAAGGUGUUCAAUAUAUUAAAUUUAAUUCCACAUUCUUUGUUACCACAUGCUGAUGCUGUGUUUCAGGUAGUAGGGGCUUUAACAAACUUGCAGUAUCCUUUAAUUAAAGAAGUUGGACAACUUUAUUAUGAAGGGAUUCAAAAGAUUUAUCAUAUCGUUAGAUUUUGUAUAAAUAGUUUUUAAGUCUUAUGAACCUAUUUAACUUGUAAAACAUGUUUAUCUUUGCAUUGUAUCAACUUGUCUGUAAUAUAUACA